CACAGAGAAUUAGAGCCAGGAAUCCCACUUUCCCAUUUUAUUCCGGAAUCCCUGGGCUUGACCUUGUCCCGCUGCAUCCCUGGGAGCUUUCCCAAGUUUUCCUGUCCCUUUGUUUUGUCCCAGGAGGAUAAAAACCUGGUGCACGGGAACGUGUGUGCCAAGAACAUCCUGCUGGCCAGGAAAGGGCUGGAAGACGGAUCCGCUCCCUUCGUGAAGCUCAGUGAUCCCGGGAUCAGCUUCACGGUGCUCUCCCGGGAAGAGCGCGUGGACCGGAUUCCCUGGAUCGCCCCGGAAUGCGUCCGGGAUGUGGGAAACCUCAGCACGGCCGCCGACAAGUGGAGCUUUGGGACGACCCUGCUGGAAAUCUGCUUUGACGCCGACGUCCCACUGAAGGAACGGACCCCUUCCGAGAAGGAGCGUUUCUACGAGAAGCGGCUGCGGCUCCCGGAGCCGUCGGGGCCGGAAUUGGCCUCGCUCAUCUCUCAGUGCCUCCAUUACACCCCCGGGGAACGACCCUCCUUCCGAACCAUCCUCAGGGACCUCACCCAGCUCCAGCCACACAACCUCAUGGACGUGACGUCGGUGAAUCCCGACUUCCCGGUGUCGGAUCCCACCAUCUUCCAGAAGCGGUACCUGAAGAAAAUCCGGGAGCUGGGGGAGGGGCACUUUGGGAAGGUGGGGCUCUACUGCUACGACCCCACCAACGACGGCACCGGGGAGAUGGUGGCCGUGAAAUCCCUGAAAUCCGGGAGCAGCCCCGAGCUCCUGAGCAGCUGGAAGAGGGAAAUCCAGAUCCUCAAGACCCUCUACCACGAGAACAUCGUCAAGUACAAGGGCUGCUGCAGCGAGCAGGGGGACAAGGUGGUGCAGCUGAUCAUGGAAUACGUCCCCCUCGGGAGCCUCCGGGAAUUCCUUCCCAAGCACCCCCUGAGCCUCUCCCACAUCCUGCUCUUCGCCCGCCAGAUCUGCGAGGGCAUGUCCUACCUGCAUUCCCUGCACUACAUCCACCGGGAUUUGGCGGCCAGGAACGUUCUGCUGGAGAACGAGCACGUGGUGAAGAUCGGGGACUUCGGGCUGGCCAAGGCCGUCCCCGAGGGCCACGAGUACUACCGGGUGCGGGAGGACGGGGACAGCCCCGUGUUCUGGUACGCCCCGGAGUGUCUCAAGGAGUCCAAGUUCUACUACUCGUCCGACGUUUGGUCCUUCGGGGUGACCCUCUACGAGCUCCUGACCCGCUGCGACCCCGGGAACAGCCCCCCCGUGAAAUUCCUGGAGCUGAUCGGAGCCACCCAAGGGCAGAUGACGGUGCUGAGGCUGAUUGAGCUCCUGGAGAGAGGGAAGAGGCUCCCGAUCCCGAAGGAUUGUCCGUGUGAGAUUUACCGGCUGAUGAAGAACUGCUGGGAAGCAGAAGCUUCUUUCCGCCCCUCCUUCCACAACCUCAUCCCAAUCCUCAGGAACUUCCAGGAAAAAUACCGGGCUCAGGCCCCCUCCGUCUUCAACCUCUGCUGAGACCCCCCAAAAUUCCACGGACCAGGGGGAAAACGUCCCCUAAAACUCCAUGGACUGGGGGGAGACCCCUCCCAAAAAAAUGGGGGGUGGAAGGACACCCCUGAAAAUUCCAUGGAAGGGGAAGGACAUAAAAAAAAAUUCAUGGAUGAGGGGAAAGACACUCAACAAAUUCCAUGGACUGGGGAAGAACACCCCAAAAAAUGCCCUGGAUGGGGCAAAACACCCCCAAAAAAAUUCCAUGGAUUGAGAGAACACCCCAAAAAAUUCCAUGGAGAGGUGGAGACACCCUAAAAAUUCCAUGGAUGGGGGAAAGAACCCAAAAAAUUCCAUGGAGGGGGGGAAACACCCCUGGAGGGGGACACAUGGACUCUGGAUUCCCGUUUUCCUGGCAGGAUGAGGAAAUUCCGGGAUUUCCUGUGGAGACGGAGCAGCACCGAGGAGGGGGGAUCCUCCCCCUCGAAAAAUUCCAGAUGUUUUCCCCCCAAAUUCCAAACACUGUGAAUGAGACUGUGGGGACGAGGAUUUUUGGGAGAAGGACGUGGAUUUAUGGGCGUGAUUUAUGGAUUUAUGGAAUUCUGGCCUUAUUCCCAACCCCAAUUUUAGGGGAGGGUCAUUUUUCGGGAUGGGGGAGGCUGGAUCUCCUUCUUUCCCACCAGGAAUUUGGGGCCCCCUCCCAAAAAAUGGGGGUUCAGCAAAAAAAAAAAAA